UCAGAAACCUUUAGAUAUUUGCUUUCAUUUCAACAUUCCAGAUCCAAAGAAAAAUGUGGCAAAAUAUCUGUCACAUCGGUUUAGUAUUAUGUGCUAUAAAAAUUGUUAUAAGCUAUCGUACUCAUGGAGUAUUUACGACUCAACUAGAAGAUUUCAACGAUAACCAAGAUAUGCGUCCAUAUGUUAAAGUGGGUAAAAAAUUUUAUUAUUUCGGACAAAAUAAGGUUACUUGGUAUAAUGCUCUAUUAAGCUGUCAUACUAUGGGCGGUUUUCUAGCCUCUUUCGACUCGGCUGAGGAGUUAGCACAACUAUCCAAUUAUUUGACUAUGAAAUAUUCUACAACAUUUAAUUGUUGGCUAUCCGCCUCUGAUGAAGAUGUCGAAGGUCUAUGGAUUUGGUAUAAAACCGGUGAACCUAUUGCUUAUGCCGAUUGGUACGAUGGUCAACCGGAUAAUUUUAUGGGUCUUGAACAUUGUGCGCAUUUGUUUAGUGCUGGUGGAAAGUAUCGAAUGAAUGAUGAAGAUUGUAAGAGUCUUAUGUUUUAUAUUUGUGAAGCUGAUAAAACUAAAACUGUAGCUGUUAGUAUAUUUUAAAAAAAUGAAUGUUAUAGAGUCUGUG